AUGAUGACAGAGGCUGCGCGAUUAGAAGGAGGCAGUGCAGACGGAAAAAAGACAGCUAAGAUCGCCGAGACGCUCGAGACGACGGAGAUGUCGACCGUGGCUGAGCGGAGACGCGGAGACGGCGAGGGAUACUACAAUCAAGGUGACGACCGGCUCGAUCGAGACGACGGAGGAGGCGUAGAGUUGGUCUCCGAGGUUAUUAAGACGACGGAGGAGACGGUGGAGGAGAUCAAUACGACGACUGCCGAUGGCGACUCGGUCGACUCGGCGAAGCUCGUCGAGCGCGUGAGCAAGACCAAAGACCUGGGGCGGUACUUCAGCUCGAGCGCGCAGCAGCAGGACGGCCAAGGUGCUGAGGGUGCAGUGUAG